AUGGCUUUCAUAUUGCUCUAUCCAGCUGUAGCUGCUCUUGCACUCUUUAUUGUAGGUGUGAUUAUUGUAAUAUUGCGGUUUGGGCCACGCCUCUGUGGUUUGCGCCAUCAUGCCCUUCCCGAUAAUCACGAAUGGGAUGGAAAGAGCUAUGAGCAUGAGAUUAGUUAUGCCUGAGGAAAAUUUAUGAAUGCUAUAAUUACAAAAUAUCUUACUCGAAUACAAUUUAAAAUGCAAAUUUAUAUAUUAAGACGAAAGCACAUCAAGACAAUUAGACAUAGUACAAACUUUGUUAAUGCGUCAACAUAUCUUUAUAUCAGCGUACUGUUUUUUAAAGUGUAUUUUUAAACAUUUGUACUUUUAUACGAAUACCUAAAAAAUUUAAAUUCUAGGUUAAAGCCUUAACCUAAAUCAUUCCGUCCAACAAAUAGCAUCAUUUACAAUGCUUGCAUAGAUCUAAACUAGCAUGUAUCAACAAUUUGUAAACAUAUUUUUUAAAUGCCACGUAAGGAUGAACAGUGCUAUCUCGGUAAUCGGCAGCCAGAAUCACGGGGCCGUGCGGAGUACUGGAGUGCCGGGUUAUUGAUGAUGAAUAACAACAUAUUUUUCAUAAAAUUUGAUGCAAAAAAGUUCAAAAUCAAAGUUAAUUCAUUUACGGUUUUUUGAGAUACAUCUGUAUAUGGGUAUAUUCAGAAACGCAUUAUAAAUGCGCAGUAAUUGCAGCGCUGGCAGCACUGCCAAUGUGACAAGUGUUGCAAUUGAUAGAUUGGCAGUAUUAAAAUUUUUCCUGCAAAUAAUGCGCGACAUUUGAUACAAAAAUGGCGUUUUCGAACGCGAUGCAUUUGCAGUACUGCCAUAUUUGCAUUUCUGAACGCAUUGCCAACACUGCAAAAGUACGUUGCGCAUUAUAAUGCGUUAUUGAAUAUACCCUAUCACUUUAUUACUCAUAUUUUGAUAUAAUUAUACACCACUACUAAUUUCAUGUCCGCUUCCUACAACUACCGCAAUAAUAAAAUAUUACUAUGAAUGAAAUUGAACAAAA